CCUGUCAGUUUGGCGGGUUGGGUGGCUGAGCUCGCGUAUAUUAGGUACGUCUUGCCGCUUAGCCGCUGGCUGCCGUGUAGGUGAUGUAUAUUACAUCAUGUACCUACCUAGAGCCAUCUACCUGAUCGGCCUGUCCAUUUGCCCCCCCGUCCAUUUGCUCAUCCCAUUCCAUCCAUCCCGCUCACUCCUCCACCACCGAUACGUCCACGCACCUCGCACACGCACCACGCACCACGCACCACGCACACACAGACACGCAGACGCAGACGCACCGACGGCGCACACCGACCGCUCCAAGACGUCGUAGUAAGUGAACCGUCUACCUCGGUACCUGCGAGGCCCCUAGUCUAGACCCGACCGCGUCGCCCAGUGAGGCAUAUCGUGGGCGCUAGCUGCGGGCGUUGGCUACGGGCGUUGCGCGAACAUGGCCUCCUCCCGCUUCGGCUUCGGCAGCUUCCUGCUGGUCGUCGCCGUGCUCCUGGUCGCGAUGCCUGGCAGGGCGGCCGCCUUUGGCGCCGGCAACAUCCCCUCCAUCGCCCAGGUCGAGGGCCACAAUUGGCGCCACGGCGACAUCGAGGACAUGCUCAAGACCAUCGCCUUCCUCCACGGCAAGAAGUGGUCGACGCUGAUGGUCGGCCGCACCUACUUCGGCAACUGGCUCCGCGACUACUCCCAGGCCAUCGACGUCUCCAGCCUGAAGGGCGUCAAUGCCGCCACUCUCCGCAUCCUCGUCUGGGUCCUCUCUUUUCUCGCCAACGGCUACGCUACCGAGGAGUUCGAGGUCACCGAGGAGCGCCUUGGCGUCUACCGGCCUGAGGAACACAUCGACAACCCCCUCGGCUAUGCCGAAGGCGUCGACGCAAGGACUUUCGACAAGCGCCUCCGCGGGCCUGUCAUGCCUAUCGAGACCGAGAUCGACAUGCGCACCGGCAUGAAGAACUACAUCGCCAACGAGCAGGGGAACUGGGCCACAAGCGCCGGCUACCUCCGCUUCAGUCUCGGCCGUAGCAUCCACUUCGGUAGGCUGUACUGCCACGGCUCCCACGGGAAGGGCAAGGAGGACGAUCUCUGCGAGGCCUUGCGGUGUCUCGGCCAGGCGCUCCACUGCCUGGAGGACUUCAGCGCCCACAGCAACUACUGCGAGCUAGCUCUGCGCGAGAUGGGCUACCACGGCGUUUUCACCCACUGCGGGUCUGACUCUGAGAUCACCCUGCGCGGCCGUCGCGUCUUCCCCAUCGUAACGGGCACGUUCGGCGGCGUCGAUUUCCUGCACUCCGUGCUAGGCGAGGCCAACGACCACUUCACCCAGUCCGAGGUCGACCAGCUCGACAUUGCCCUCAAGAACUCGGAGCAGGGCGCGACCAAGUCGUCGGGCGGUGGUGUCGCACGCGGCCUCGGCAGCAGCGCCGGCGAUUUCAUAUCCCUGGUGAGCCAGCUGCCGGGAAUCGGUGGUGGCAUGGCUUCCGAGGCGCGCAAUCUGAAGCGGAUGGCAGAGGACCAGCGGAGGAGCAACGAGAUGCAGGGGACGCGCGACGGGACGCGGGCGAACGCCAACGUAGUGCCCGGCAUGAGCGAGAACUUCGACCCGGUCAAGGUGUCGAGGCAGAUCUACCCCAUCCUCGAAUUCCGAGACAAGAUCGUCAAGGCGAUCAACCGGGGGAUCUCUAAGGUGCCGGGUCUCGAGAAUCUGCUCGAGCACAUCAGCGAGACCCUCACCGCCUUCGUCCUCGGCCUGCUGGCGCCCUUCAUCCGACCCAUCAUCAACGCUGUUACCAAGGUGCUCAAGGACGGAUCUUCGGGCGUCAUUAAUGCUAGCGCCCAUUCGCAGCUGGAGCCCUGGAAAAAUCCCCGUUGCACCGAUCCGACGCACUCGAUGCUGUCCAAGGACCACUUCACUAACGUGUUAAACCCGUGCGCUGGGCGGGUCGCCGCCGAGAUUCUGCAGUACACCGUGCCACGCGUCCUGUACGCUUGGGACAACCCGGGGGUGCCCGUUGACGAGGUUGUAGACGACGUGCUGCACGCGCUGCACCACCCGGCCAUCCGAGACGAGCGCAUCGAGAUCCAGCGCGACAUGUUCAAGACGGUGCGCAAGUGGGCGGACGAGUACGGGCGCGGCCACGACAUCAACCGCGUGCUCGGCUCCGAAUCCGUGCGCAACGGCAAGAACCACAGCCUCACCAGCCAGAACAAGGGCCACUCCCACGGCGGCGGCAUCUUCGACCGCGGCUUCGCCGAGCAGCCCGGCCACGGCCGCCCCAGCGGCUCCCUCUGGUCGCAGUGCGCGACGAGAGACCUCGACGCUAUGGGCUCGGUCUCGGCGCGCCCUACGUCCUCGCAUUCCCCUCAGGGCGGCGGGCGGCCCCCCGCCGCCAGCCCCCCCAGCUACGGCUACCACCAGGCGCCACCCGCCGGCGGCCCGAGCCCGUACCAGGGCCAGCCAUAUGGCCAGCCGUACGGCCAGCCCCAGGGCUACCAGGCUCCACAGGGCUACGGCGCGCCGCCGCCGCAGGGCGAGGCUGCGUCGUACUACGGCGCCGCGUCGUCGCAGCCGCCCCAGGGCUAUCCCGGGUACGGCGCCCAGCAGCAGCCGCCCCCGCCGCCGGGAGGCGGGUAUCCGCCCUACGGACACCAGCCACAGUGGGGCAGCGGGUACGGAGGGCGGCCGUAUUGAGGGGCGGUCUCAUGAGAUAGGAGAGAUUAGCUGGCGUAGCGUGCAGGUUGCUCGGUGCGGUGUGGAGUUCCUGCGGGGUGGGUCAAGGUAAUAUG